GGAUAUCGAUAUCAGGAACAUUCGAACAGUAAAAGUAAGAACUUCAACAAAUAUAUAAUGUAUCAAGGUCUUGCAGUUCAGUUAGAAAUAUUGACUGAAGUAAGAUGACGCCGUAGUUUGAAUUAAGUAACGUAAUUACUGCCGUAGGAGUCAAGACUUCGAAGAUCGAUAUGGAUGUUUCCAACCCAGCAGCUACAGUUGUGCAGCCGGGACAGGCAACCAACUAUUCAAACAGCACCAGGAACUGAUCCGGGUCCACUGCAGGUCAGGAACAUGGAGGCGCAAGACGUUGACUUUGUGGCUCAACUGCUGGUGGAGAGUUUCAGUGAUAAAUUUGAACAUGCAGUUGGGAAGAGUAGGAUGGAGGGUGCGGUCCAGCAGACAACGAGGAUGCUGGGCAGGUCCCGAGACGUGUGGCACAGAUAUCUCAUAGCCGUGUACGACGGCAGGCCCGCAGGGUUGAUAGUCAUGAAGUUCCACGGAGACACGGCCGAGGAGGAUUUCCAGUGCGGGGAGGCCUGCUCGUAUCUUGGUUGUUGGGGCACUCGUGGGCUGGUGUGCUUGCGCUGUUGCACGAGCAUGGAAGACAUUAGUGCGGGGGAGGGCUAUGUGGACCGCAUCUGCGUGGACGCAAACUUCCGCGGGAAAGGCAUCGGCAAGAUGCUAUUGGACAGAGCAGAUUUUGAUGCCAGGCGACGUGGGUGCACGGCGAUAUUCCUGUGGGUGAAGCAGGGUAACCGUGCAGUUCACCUCUAUGAACGACAGGGCUACGUCAUCACUGAAACCGCCAAUGGUAUAUUUCGCUGCUUUAUGCAGUGUGGUGUGGGAAGUCCGGACUGGUGCAAGAUGGAGAAGCAGCUCUAGUGUUCAAGACACACAACAGCACCUCAACUUCAAACUUGAUCUGUAUCCGUGCCAAUCAUUUCACAGCAAAGUUAAACUGUAAUUUCCAACACAAAAAUUGCACCUUCCAAAAUUUUUGACUGCCCGUCUCCAGUCUUUGCCAGUGAACGAGCCUUCCAUUGCUUCUGUGGUGCCACGUGAAACACAUGAAUUAUUGCGUUGAGUUUAUUGUGAUACCCUUUAGCUCAUUGAGCUAAUCUUCCAGGGCUCAUUAAAAACACACACAGUAUAUACAUUGUACAAGUGGGUGGACAGAUAUCAUACACUCACAACAGAUACAAAACACAUGAAUUGUUGAGUAUUGGAUCAUAAGUUAAAGAAAGUUUAUGGCACCCCAGUCUGUUCAUUAAUGACAAAAUCUCACUUUAAUCAAUGUGACUGUGUGUCCAGCCAAUUAUAUAAUUAUGUCAUACAUGUAUAUGUCAAUUUUUUGAAAAUAAAAAUCUCGGACAAAGACUGGAUAUGGACUGUGGAAAAGGACAGUUUUUAGUAUCGGAAGCUACUGUUCAACUUCAAAACAACACGUCAAGUUCAAGCUCAGGGAUGUGAUUUUUUUUUAUAAUUAUACUGUCAAUCACAUGUUUGGCUUUUUGUUUGUCUGUAUGUAACGUUAGGUCAAGAGCAUAACUCGAAAACCUGUGCUUAUUUUUACUAUUAUUUGAGUAGCGCUUUUAGAAUUGAAGGUCAAGUUAAAAAAUGGUUUACCUCAGGUAUUUUCCUUCUGUACUGCAGAAGGCUUUGAAAUUAUUGUAUUUGUUUGUGGGAAACAUAACCCAAGGAGCUAUUAAUGUAUAUAUUACUUGUAAAAAAAAGAUACCAAAACACAUGUUUAGCCCCACUUGAUUGUAACACUAUAUCGUAGAAUUAUGUGAGCCCUUAUUGUUUUAGUAUUAGGAUGUUAAGUUUUAUUCUAUAUUAAAUUUUCUAUUUUAUACAAUACGCAUCCAAAAAAAAUGAAUACUAAUUUGUGAAACAAGAAGACAACGAACAAGUGUUUUUUGUCUGUUUUGCUAUCAAUAGAUCAAACUUCUUUAAAAAAUGUUGUCAGAGUGUGCAGGUGGCACUACUCGAAAGAUGACUCCUAACGGCUAGUUAAAGCAAUGCAACAUCCUGCUUCUACUAAGUUCUAGUGGUUUUUUGAGGUUGUGUCGUGAUCGACAAUAAUAGCUCGAGGGAAAUUAAAUAAGAGACUGCUUACGUGCGUCACCUACUGGAAGUGAUUCACUAUGCAA